CGGAGCCGGUCGGUAGUGUCUGCCGCCUCUCUCUCCGCGCCCUGCCCCUGCCGCGGUUCCCGCGUGCUCGCGCGCUUUCCCGCCAAAACGGCCACGGCCGUGCGCGUGCUGGUGCAGCUGGUGCAGAAGCAGGCCGAGAUGCCCGUCGUGGUGGCCGUCGCCCCGUCGUCGUCGUCGUGCUGAACGUCGCGCCGGAAGCGGAGAGGGUCGACUUCCUGUAUCCCGCUCGUGGCGGCUCGUCGCGCGGACUUGGCGGCGCUGGUCUGAUAAAAAGAUGGUGGAGCUCGGGUUGCCGCUCGGACCGCCGGCGGAGGGCGGCGCGGGGCGCGCCGCAACCCGGCACCUGCACGACAGCUACAUCCUCGGGGAGCUGCUGGGCAGGGGAGCCACCUCCACGGUCUACAAGUGCCUGUUCAAGGGGAAGCGGGAGUGCGCCUGCAAGAUCCUGAAGAAGUCGGCGCUGGACCGCCGGAGGGUGGACAACGAACUGCCGGACCUGCGCGAGCUGCGCCACCCGAACAUGGUGGAGAUCCGCGACGUGUUCGAGACGGCGGACGAGCUGACGCUGGUGCUGGAGCUGGCCGAGGGCGCCGAGCUGCUGGAGCGCAUCGCGGAGAGGGGCUUCUACUCGGAGCAGACGGCGGCCAGGGCGGUGCGACAGAUCCUGGGCGCGCUGCAGUGCUUGCAUUCGCGCGGCCACGCCCACCGCGCGCUGCGCCCCGAGAAGCUGGUGUUCGCGUCCGAGGCCGAGGAGGCGCCGCUCAAGCUGCUGGCCGUCGGGCUGGGCGUCAACCACCUGCUGCCCACGGCGCCGCCGUACUGCGCCCCGGAAGCCAACAAGGGGGAGGGGGCGGGCCCCGCCUCGGACAUGUGGAGCCUCGGGGUCGUGGCGUACAUCCUGCUGUGCGGCUUUGAGCCCUUCGCGUCGGAGAACGGCGGUUCGUCGUCGGGCCAGCCCGGCCAGGGCGAGCCCACCGAGCCCCUCGGCCACCACGCACUGCACUUCCCCGGGCCCUGGUGGGACGAGGUGUCGGACAGCGCCAAGGACCUCGUCACCCAGCUCCUGCAGGUCGACCCCGCCAGCCGGCCCACCGCGGAGGAGUGCCUGCAGCACCCCUGGGUCCGCGGAGACACCCCGCGCACCCAGCACAUGGACGCCACCGUGCGCUCGCUGCGGGAGUUCAACGCGCGCAGGAAGUUUAGGGCCGCGACGCAGGCCGUGGUGGCGACGCAGCGCCUGGUGUCCCCCGAGAAGCGGCUGUCUCGCGUGCUGGGGCCGCUGGGGCCGCCGAGCCCCCAGGAGGAGGCCCCCGCCGCCCCGGCCGCCCCGCCCAGCGUCCACGACGACAAGCGAGGCAGGUGCUGAGCGCUCGGCCCUGCCAACCUACCUGCCUUCACACCUGCAGCGAGCGUGUGCCAAACAAAUGAUUACGAGUCUGUGAUGAGGUUGUCGUGAGUGUGUGUGUAAAUGAGCGCGUAAGUGUGUGCGAGUGCGAGUGUGUGUUUCUGGGGCUGGGGUGUGAAGGCGAGCCAUGCUUAUUCCUUCAACCCUUUUUAAAGAUUUCUCCUCUCUUUUCGGAGUGCUGGCGGCGCGCUCUCGGAGGGCGUUCGUGCCGGUUGGGUGAGGCUGCCCUGGGCUGCCCGCGGUGUUAUCAGACUGAGCUAGUCAAAUAAGGAAAUUGAGAGAGUGUGUGUGUUCUGUGUGUUGUUGGAUGGUGCGGUCGCGGCCAAGCAAUGCUAGUGAAGGUAAAAAGACGUUGCCUGGAACGUGAACUUUGUGGAAGCCAAGAGGAUUAUACUUCUUUUUUGCUGAUAUAAAUAGCCUUCCAUAUUUUACCCAUCUCUUCUUGUCAUUCUUUGAGGCAAUUUGGCUCAUAUCUUUAUUUAUGGUUGUGUGUAAAAAUUUAAAUUUUAUUUAUUUACUACUAGAAUGAAUGAGGCUGGAAGAGCCAUAUCAUUUGCAGAGGUGGUUUGUCAUUCUGAAAAUGUCCCCAUAGUCAACAAUAUUGGGGGAGUAAGUUCAAGAAAAAAACAGUCCCAUUUCCAUAAUUUUAUUUCUUGAGGGAUGCAAGACAAAAUUUUACAAUUUGUAACUUCCACUUCAAUAUUUUUUUUGCCACAACUUUAGUUUUUCUUGUUGUAAUUGAAGUCUUUCAAUGUGUGUAUUUUAAUGUAAUUGUGAUUUUAUUCUUAAUUGAAGUAGCGUUUUAAAUGAGUAUUCAUUUAGCGUAUCUCAGGUACAUUUAUUUUAUUUAUUUCUGCACUGCGUGCGCUAGCCAAAAAUACAACGGUGUACCUACAAACGCACCAAGAUCUCUAAUUUAAUCGUGUGUUACUUUUCUAAUGUUGCCAUAAUUUUUGGAUAUUCUAGUAGGCCCUCUGAAUGAUAAUAUUCCAAUCCUAAUAUUUCUCAUCAAGCUUUCGAUGUAUUUUCGUCUCAGUGUUUCCCAUUGUAUUUCAAUAAACAUAUCCUGAUCGUGA